AUGUUGGCUCUUUUGCUGCCACCCCGCCGCCGCAGUCUGCAAUCAAUCGCGUCAACUAUGCUGGCCAGCCGGCGCAUUGCUAACAAACUACGAGACACGACCUAUUCACAGUUGAAGAUUGCACAUCACUACGAUACGAGCGACGAAAAAAGUGGCGCAUGUUCCGUAAUCACACUACACGACGAACUUCGAGCACCGUUCCAUUCGUCGAAGGCGCCACUUAACUCCAAACGCACAAAGAGAGCCCGAAACUACCUUUUCUUCGACGGCGAGGUUGACUGACAACUCAACGAGAACGACGACGAAGAACAGCACUUGUUGAGCAGCGAACAUUGUGAAAAAAGCAUGAGAAAAUUCUGCUACAUAACAGGGACUUGCUUGGAUUACGG